AGCAAAAGGGUAGAGAGCGCGGUAGAGACGAAAGACCAUCACUGAUCGACGUCACUAUGGAGCCCGCAAUCCUUGAGCAAUGUCCAAACACGGUGACUGUCCGGCGUAACCCUCACCGGAGCGCCAGGCCUCGACCUACUCCGGCAACCGCAGCCGCCGGAACUCACACUGUGCCUAGUAUCCCUUUCCCGACGGAAGAGAUUCUCUCCAUGGACAUAUCGGCCUCGAAACCCGACCCGGAGAAUCUCAGAGUCUUCCUCCGAAUUCGACCUCUACUGAAGCCGUCGGGCAAAAGGAGCGGCGUCGCCGGAGAUUUGAAGGCCAGAUCCAAGAACGCGUGGCCGCAAAACCCUAGGAACGCGGCGGCUGCGAGAGAGCAACAGAAGAAGAAGAGAAGCCCUCACUCCGAGGUCUGUGUGAAGGUGAACGGUGCUCGCUCGGUGACGGUGUCGCCGCCUCUAGCGUUGCAGGAGCCUAAUCGGCUCAAGUCUGAGGUCUACGACGGCUUCUCACACGUCUUCGCCGCCGAUUCCUCACACGUGGAGGUGUACGAGACGAUGGUGAAGCCUCUGGUAGAGGAUUUUCUGAGGGGUAAGAGUGGGAUGCUGGCAGCAAUGGGGCCUAGUGGCUCCGGCAAGACUCAUACAGUCUUUGGUAGCCCCAGGGAGCCUGGAAUGGUACCUCUUGCGCUUCAGCACAUAUUCAAGCGAGUUCCGGGUAGCAGUACCGAGUUUCCUAGGUCGUUUUUCAUAUCGAUGUUUGAGAUAAGUUUUGAAAGAGGUAAGACAGAGAAAUGGAUUGAUUUAUCUCCGAAUGGGGGUGAAAUAACCAUGCAACAAUGCAGCCUGAAAGGCCUACAAGAGAUAUCCAUUUCUGAUGCUCGGCAGGCGGAAUCGUUAGUUGCUCAGGCAAUGCAAAAACGUGCCACUGCUACAACAAAUUCAAACAGCCAGUCCAGCCGGUCACAGUGUAUCAUCAACAUUCGAGGUGUUGCUGACAAGUUUGAAGGAGAGGAUGACGACAGAUCAAAUGAAGUUGUCCUGAGUAUUGUUGACCUUGCUGGAGCUGAGAGAGAAAAGAAAACUGGGAAUCAGGGAGCCAGGUUGCUAGAAAGUAAUUUCAUCAACAACACAUCAAUGGUUUUUGGCUUGUGCUUGAGGUCCUUGUUGGAGCAUCAGAAGAACCCUAAGAAGCCAAUGCAAAAGCACUUUCAGAACUCCUUGUUGACCAAGUACUUGAGAGACUAUUUGGAAGGCAAGAAGAGGAUGUCACUGAUUUUAACUGUAAAAUCAGGACAAGAAGAUUAUCGUGAUACAUCACACCUGCUAAGACAGGCCUCACCUUAUAUGGAAAUAAAGUUUAAUAAUGCUGAAGAGUCUUCAAAUAUUCCGAACAAACGGCAUAUACAGUCUUUUUCUAGAACUGAGCACCAUAAAAGAAUGAAAUUAACUGGUCCCGAGUCUUGCAUGAUUGAACCAGAGAAAAUCAUUGGAGCUGAAAAUGGAAUAAUCAAGGAAGUGGUACAAAAAGUCUGCAAGGUGGAACUGAGUGGUUUUUUAAAACUGUGUUAUGUUGAAGGCACAAAUGGAGAGAGAAAUCAUCAGAUUAUGCAGAGUUUCGCUAAAGCUAUAUGGAAUGUUUUGAAGGAGUACAACAAAAAACUUAAGGUGGCUGAUCACGAAAUUAAGAAUCUCAGGGAAAGUCUUAUGACUGAAAAAACAAGACAUCUUGAGCUGGAAAAAGAGCUAAUAGAUAUCAAGUCCUGCUGCACAUGCUCCCACAUAAAAUCUGAUGUUGAUCAGGCUUCCUACUUGGGGAGACGUGACAAAAAUGGCAGUCCCAGAAGAUUGGACUCUUCUUCAAAAGAGGAUCACAAAAUUUUCUCUGAGGGCUCUGGGUGUGUUGAUAAUGAACCUGAUGUUAAUGCCAGUAUAAUUCAGAGCCAUAUUGAUGAAAGACAAUUUGAUGCCACUGUGAAAAUUUCGGAUGUUGGCGAGGAAAGUAAUCCGUGCCCUGGACCUGGAAACACUUGCGACUGGAAUCAUCAGAUAGGCGAGGGCCUCCUUGGUGCUGGACAUGGUGCGGAAGAUGGGUGUGAGUCUAAAUGUGUAUGUAUAGAGGAUAGUGAUCCGAGUGCAGACAUAGCAGGUCUUUUGGUGAACUCUGAGUCUGUUGUAAUUCAUAGAAAGGAUAGCUGCUCAUCAGUGGAGCUUGAUGACCUACUAAGUGGGGAGGACGAGGAAUCAUCAGAUGUUGUAUAUACUGAACCUUGCGCUAGCCUUAACCAUCAGUCCAAACCUGAUACUUCUUCUGAGGCUUUGCAUGUGGACAAGUUACAAAGGGAAGCAUUGCCUGUUUCAUCUCUAUUGUUAAGUUCUAAUGCUAAGAAUGAGAUCAAGAAGUCAAAGGAAUCAUUUGAUUUGUUGACAUCGUCGAAUGAAGAUGUUGUUUCAGCUAAGAAGUCUAACAUUAUUGAUGUGCCUGAUAUUGAACCAAGAGUCGAUAUAUCUACCAAGCCAGAGAAACCAAAAAGGAGACUGCUGCCUGCUUCAGCUACAUUACUGAGAAACUUUAGUACUUUGGAGCCUGAGGAUGAAGAUGAGAAACCGAAGGGCGGAAAGAAAUCAGCUGCAGAAGGAAGAACAAGAACGCAAGGUAGCAUCUCUCUUGUGCGCUUGCUUCAGAGCAAUCUCCGUAUUUAGUUACACUAUCUAUAGGUCACGUUUUGGUACUAUACAUGGGGGGUUCUUUUUUGUCUAUGGGCCUUUGUAAUAGUAUAAUGCUAGAAUACAAGUCUUAUUUAAGGUCUGGUUUGGUCGAUUAGCACAGGUGGAAAUGAAAAUGUAGAAAAAAGGCUUACGUAGAUUACUACAUGAAUUCUGAACAUUCAAUAGUAAUAUGCUUGAUGA